AUGACGGAACAAAAUAAACCCAUUCUCCCCGAAUCCGGGAAGCGCAAUUUCCUCGUCACUAGCGCUCUGCCAUACGUGAACAAUGUUCCUCAUCUGGGCAAUUUGAUAGGUUCGACUCUGUCGGCUGAUGUCUUUGCCAGAUAUGGUCGUGGCCGUGGUGCCAACACCCUCUAUGUCUGCGGUACCGAUGAGUACGGCACGACGUCCGAAGCGAGAGCCAUCCAAGAAAACAUGACCACCAAGGAACUUUGCGACAAAUAUUAUGCCCUCCAUGCUGAAGUUUACAAAUGGUUCAACAUCAGCUUUGAUAUCUUCGGCCGCACAACCACCGAGCUUCAGACUAAGAUCACCCAGGAUAUCUUCCUUAAGCUUCACGAUAAUGGCUUCUUGUCGGAGCACGUAACAACACAAUUAUACUGUGAGGAGCACAAGUCGUUCUUGGCAGACCGCUUUAUCCAGGGUGAAUGCCCACACUGCAAGUAUAUCGAUGCCUAUGGUGAUCAAUGCGACCUGUGCGGUCAGCUUCUGGACCCAUUGGAUCUUAUCAAGCCUCGCUGCAAGCUCGACGGUGCCACCCCCGUGAAGAGGGAUACGAAACAUAUCUUCCUGAAGUUGGACAAGUUACAACCCGAGAUCCAGGCAUUCUUCGACGAGUCUUCGGCGAAGGGAGGAUGGUCACAGAACGGAAAGGACAUCACCUCAUCCUGGUUGACGAAGGGAUUGCAAGAGCGCAGCAUUACUAGAGAUAUUAAGUGGGGUACUCAGGUGCCUCUGCCCGGCUACGAGGAGAAGGUCAUCUACUCUUGGUUCGAUGCUUGCAUUGGUUAUGUUUCUAUCACCGCAAACUACACCGACCAGUGGGAGAAGUGGUGGCGCAACCCGGAGGAUGUCGAGCUUUACCAAUUCAUUGGAAAGGAUAACGUUGCCUACCACUCCGUUAUGUUCCCCGGUACUGAAAUCGGUACUCGGGAGAAGUGGCUCAAGGUCCACCACCUCUCUACCACUGAAUACUUGACUUAUGAGGGCGGCAAGUUCUCCAAGUCUCGCGGCAUCGGUGUGUUCGGAGACUCGGCCAAGAAGACUGGCAUUCCCGCCGACGUAUGGCGUUACUACCUGCUCUCUCACCGUCCCGAAACUGGCGACAGCGAGUUCAACUGGGAUCUCUUUAUCAGCUCAAACAACAACAUUCUCCUCAAGAACUUGGGUAACUUCGUCAGCCGUGUUGUGAAGUUCGUUAACUCCAAGAACUACGACAACAUCGUUCCCGACUACACCGCCUACACUGAGCCUGCCUUCGACGCCUGGAAGGAGGAAGUCAACGAACUUCUCACCCAGUACAUCCAGCAACUCGAUGCCGUCAAGAUCCGUGCCGCCAUUGACACCGUCCUCACCAUCUCCCAGAAGGGUAACCUGUUCCUCCAGUCCAACAGCCUCGAUAACAAGCUCGCCGAGAAUGAACCGGCCAAGUGCGCCGCUGUGAUCGGCCUCGCCCUCAACCUCAUCCACCUCCUGUCCGCCCUCCUCGCCCCCUACAUGCCCGAAACCGCCGCCAGCAUCAACGAGAUCCUCCGUACCGAGGCUAUCCAGAUCCCUGAUCGCUGGAACGCCGACACCGUCAAGCCCAACCACGAGAUUGGCAAGGCCAAGUACCUGUUCAGCAACAUUAAGCCUGAGAAGGCCAACGAGUGGCGUGACAUGUUCGGUGACGAGGAGGCCAAGAAGGUCAAGGAGGAAGAAGCCAAGAAGAAGGCCGCUAAGAAGGCUGAGAAAUUGGCCAAGAAGGAGAAGAAGAAGGAGCAGAAGGAGAAGGAGGCUGCUUCCGCCGACGGAGUGUCGGAGAUCUCUCAGUCCGCUGAGAAACUGAACAUUCAACAGUAG